UCGCGCCGGCCGCCGCCGAGCAGGCAGCAGCCGCGUCAGGGCCGUCCGGGGGCGCUGCCGGCGAUGCCCGCAGCCCCCGCCGCUCCCAGCCGGGCCUGCUGAGCCGCCCCCGGGCCGGGGCCGCGCCGAGUCUGGCCGGGCCGCGCCCGGGCGGGGCCGCGCUGCCUGCAUGACCCUCCGGCGGCGCGGGGAGAAGGCGACCAUCAGCAUCCAGGAGCAUAUGGCCAUCGACGUGUGCCCCGGCCCCAUCCGGCCCAUCAAACAGAUCUCCGACUAUUUCCCCCGCUUCCCGCGGGGCCUGCCGCCGGACGCCGGGCCCCGCGCCGCUGCACCCCCGGACGCCCCCGCGCGCCCGGCCGCGGCCAGCGCGGGCCGCCGCAGCCCCUCCGACGGCGCCCGCGACGACGACGAGGAUGUGGACCAGCUGUUUGGAGCCUACGGCGCCAGCCCCGGCCCCGGCCGCAGCACGGCGCGACCGCCUGCCAAGCUGCCCGAGGACGAGCCGGACGCCGACGGCUACGAGUCCGACGACUGCACCGCCCUGGGCACGCUGGACUUCAGCCUGCUCUACGACCAGGAGAACAACGCUCUCCACUGCACCAUCAGCAAGGCCAAGGGCCUGAAGCCGAUGGACCACAAUGGGCUGGCAGACCCCUACGUCAAGCUGCACCUGCUGCCAGGAGCCAGUAAGGCAAAUAAGCUCAGAACAAAAACUCUCCGAAACACUCUGAACCCCACGUGGAAUGAGACCCUCACUUACUACGGGAUCACAGACGAAGACAUGAUCCGAAAGACCCUGCGGAUCUCGGUGUGUGACGAGGACAAAUUCCGCCACAACGAGUUCAUAGGGGAGACGCGGGUGCCCCUCAAGAAGCUGAAGCCCAACCACACCAAGACGUUCAGCAUCUGCCUGGAGAAGCAGCUGCCGGUGGACAAGACAGAAGACAAGUCCCUGGAGGAGCGGGGCCGCAUUCUCAUCUCCCUCAAGUACAGUUCGCAGAAGCAGGGCCUGCUGGUCGGCAUUGUGCGCUGCGCACACCUGGCUGCCAUGGACGCCAACGGCUACUCAGACCCCUACGUGAAAACAUACCUGAAGCCAGAUGUGGACAAGAAAUCCAAACAUAAGACAGCGGUAAAGAAGAAAACCCUAAACCCAGAGUUCAACGAGGAAUUCUGUUAUGAGAUUAAGCACGGGGACCUGGCCAAGAAGACCCUGGAGAUCACCGUUUGGGAUUAUGACAUUGGAAAAUCCAACGAUUUCAUCGGUGGCGUGGUUCUGGGCAUCAAUGCCAAGGGCGAGCGCCUGAAGCACUGGUUUGAUUGCCUGAAGAACAAGGACAAGCGGAUCGAGCGCUGGCACACGCUCACCAACGAGCUCCCGGGGGCCGUGCUCAGCGACUGACCCACCCCACCUGCCCGCUGCACCCACCCCUGCCCGGCCCAGCACAGGCCUGGCCCUGGGCUUCCUCAGCUGCCACUAAGGGCCUCGCCCCCAUGUUUGGGGAGAUCCAGGACGCCUGCUUGGACACAGAGCCACUGCAGCCCCCGCUUAGAGGCCAUGAAGGCCCAGCCCCUCCGAGGGACAGCGGGGGCAGAGAGCUGGGCCUGCUUUCGCCCCCCCUGGGGCCUGAGAGGGCCAGAGGUGGAAGAAGAGGACCCUGGCCUCAGCACCCACCCGGAGGAAGCAGAUGGGGCUGUCCAGAAGACAAGGACCCUACUAGAGGUCAGCAGUGAGUCGCAGGGGCCUCCAGGCUGAGAGAGCGGGGGGUACCAUCAGGGCGAGGGACAGUAAGAGAAAGAGACUUUGGGCAGGGGCAAGACAGGACGCUGAAGAAAGUUCAUUCCCAAAAGGAGGUUCUGACUACAUCUGCUCAUCUCUGGCAUGACUGGGUUGGGGGGAAAAGUUGACCUGAGAGCCAGGAGUCUGGUAAAGAUCCUGGAGCUCCCAGUGAACGUGGGCACAGGCCAAGCGCUUCACUCAAUGAUCCCACAGGCCCCUGGGGAUGAAUGAGACCCUGGGCUUGCCCUCAGGGAGGUCCCCCAUCUAGUCAGGGAGCUGGAAACAAACCAUUACAAUGGGGUUGUGAGGAAUGCCAAGGCCAGCCUGACCCACCUGCACGUUCUGUGGACUCUGCUGACUCGGCUGGGAGAGCAGGGAGGGGUUCCUGGAGGAAGUGAUGCUUUAGCAAGGCCUUGAAGGGUGAGUGGAGUUUCUAGGCAAAGGGGAAAGAGCAGUGUAAGCAGUGGGACCAUAUACAAGGCCUGGAGGGGAAAGGUGAUUUGGGCCAGGGGCACUGUCUGGGACCCAGGGUCUCUCUGGGAGAGGGAGCAGGGCUUGUCAGGGGCAACAGCACUCAGUCCUGCUCCCACCCCACCCCUAGCUGCCAGGCCAACUGGGCUUGUAGACAUAGGGGGAGUGGCUUAAACUGAUGUUGUUGCACGGUCAAGUUCAGUUCUCAGACCCAGCUCUCCUACCUUUGAUCUUUCUCCUCCUGAGGAAGCUGGAGGAUGGAUCCUGCCUCUCGCUCCAAGCUUAAGCAUCAGGUCAGCUGCAGUCAAGAAGAGAGUGAGUCUGUUUUUCUUUGCAUGAAAAGAACCAAAAAGUCCUCCUUGUCCUUACCCUCCUCUCCCCUUCCCCCACCCAGGGCCCUUCUGGGUUCAGGGUUGGGAAGUGGGGAGCCCCAGGUGGCUGCCCCUGCAUCCUAGCCCUACUGAGAUCCCUUUCAGGAGUACUCAGCAGCAGUCCAGGGCCUUGUUUCUGGGAAGGGCUGGUUCUGUCUUCCAGAAGCUAAGAGAGAGCCCCCUGCACCCUGGGUGAAGGUCUCCAGGAAGGGGUUGAGGGCAUCAGAAUCUUGGGCCCAGGCUUGAAGCCCCAAACUUUUCCUGCCAACUAAGGGGCCUUCAGGAACGCUGGAUGAACAAAUACAGAACCCAGGAAUUUCUGUGCUCAACCCAUCACUGCACUGAUGGGAAACAAAGCCCAGAGAGGGAAAGUGAUCUACCUGAGGCCUUCCAGCCCUACCACAGCUGGGGCAGACCAGGUUCCAUGGCCCCUGCCCCACCACCUCCAGCCCAGAGCUCUGGACACCACACCCACACCAACGCUUGUACAGGGCUCACAGGGGCACGGGGGCUAGACCUUAUGCUGCAGACAGGCUCACAGGGGCACUGGGGCUAGACCUUAUGCUGCAGACACAAAGCACAUUACCAUCUGAGGCCUGGGGUGAUGAUGUGAAUCCCACCAAGUGCCCAUCAGCCUUUUUCCAUUUUGCAGGGGAAACAGGACUCCAGCCCCCAUACAGUACCUGGCAAACUUUGCUCGUCAGGCAGUCCUGGUUUUCCCUAAGGAGGCUUUGUGUGUGGUAAGGGUUUUACAACCACUGUCGUCUUGAUGAAUCUUCACAGCCCCGUGAGAUGGGUUUAACUGCCAUCUGACAGAUGAGGAAGGAGAUUCAGAGAGGCUGAGUCUAUUUCUGAGGAACCUUGUGUCUGGGUGAACUCUGGGUUAUCGUCUUAGCUUUGCCUUUUGGGUGGGGGGCAGGUUUCUCAUUCAGAGAGGAGCUUCACGAAUUCCCUGUAAACACACGGAAAUGCUGAAUGGCCAAGUUAGAAGUACACCUAGAGCCUCACCUAGUACAACUUCCUUGUUAGACCCAUGGGGAAACUAAGGCCACUUAGCGCCACUUACUCGCGCCACAGAAGUAGCAAGCAGAAGGGGCCUACACAGGACCCAGUUGGGAUAAGAACCCAGGACACCUGGCACCUAGUCCAAGGCCUUCUACUGCCCUAGACUGUGCAAGAGCAGAUUUGGUCCUUAACCAUGGUCCCAGCUGACCACAGGGACAGUCAGGCUGGGAGGUGGGGCUCCUGGACAGCUAGCCCGAGUGGAGGAUGGGGCACUGGGUAGAAGACCUCCCAGGGAGAACCUUCACUAGGACCCUGGCACUGUUCUGGACCCCUUGCAGGUUCUAUCUCUGUUUGUUAGAGAAAAAGGCGCUUUGAGAAGCUGCAGUGUGAGCUCUCCCUUUGACCCCAAGCUGGCAUCUUUCCUCUGGUCCCUCAGCCCCACAAAGACGGUGAAUUUGACGCCAAACAAAACAAAGUCAUUCCAAAGUCAGAUGUCAAUAACCAGGGGGUCACCAGGUGUGGCAUCCACCGCCACCCCCACCCCCCUGCCUAGUCUCAGCACCCACCGCCACCACUAGCCGAUCCCCCACGGGCCCGUCUUCCAACCCUGAAGCGGUAACCUCCUGACCUCUAGUGGCGAGAGCGAGGAACUGCAUCUCCUGGCCCGAGCAUGUCCUCCCUUUGUUCGUUCUCCAACCGAGAGAACGUCCCGAUGCAUGGACUCUGGCUGUCUUCGAGGCAGACUCGUGCACUGCUUACCACCGUUUUGCUAUCAUGUGACGGCUGCAGAAACAGUCCUGAAACUGCAGCCCCACAAUUUUUGUACUUUUGUCUGACCUACCCGAAGGUGUCCUUUUUAAGUCUUAUUUGUUAAUAUUUAUAAUGACAUAUAAUCCAAAGUAAAUGGAAACGUUCAUUGUGAUCA